AGGGCGUCCACCACUCAAACAGCUCCGAGUAUACUCUAGCAACUGUCGAGUUUGAGCAGUAUCGGGACGAGCCAAAUGCCCCCCUCCUCCCUGAUAAUGCAUCCUCGUCUAGCUACGGCUCCACCUUCACUCCUUCACGUCCGGGCCCGCCUCCCCCAUCUUCUACCCGCCUUCUAGUCACCGCAGCGCUCCGGAUGGCCGCGGUAUUCAUUGUCAGUACCCUUAUACUCGGUGGCACUCUCUGGCUGGCCCUCCCGACCCUUGAAGAAGCGGAUCGUCCUCUCCUUCGUAUCCCCAAAUCGUUUGCUCAGCUCCAAGCCCUCAAUGGACUUCUCAAGAAAUAUCGCGACAUUUAUCCCUAUCGCAUUGUUAUAUGUUAUGUGACAACUUAUCUUUUUCUCCAGGCAUUCUCUUUGCCCGGAUCGAUGUAUUUAUCCAUUCUCGGCGGCGCCGUCUGGGGCGUGCCGCGAGCUCUAUUGCUCGCAUGUACUUGCGUUGCUACUGGUGCAUCCCUUUGCUACCUCAUCAGCGCUGCGUUCGGCCCGGCCCUCCUCACUCUGCCUAAAUGGAAAGCUCGUCUUGACAAGUUUCAGGACAAGAUUCACGACCAGAAAGAUAACCUCAUUUCUUUCCUUAUCGUAUUGCGCAUCGCCCCCCUUCCUCCACACUGGGUGGUCAAUGUGAUUUGCCCACAUGUUGGUAUCGGUCUUGUUCCCUUUUGGAUCAGCACAUUCCUUGGUAUCAUCGGUGUCACAGUCAUUCACACCAGCAUUGGGGGUGGGUUGGACGAAAUGACAUCUGCUGCAGAUUUCCACCUCAUAUCCUUCAAGAACUUCCUCCUACUCUCAGCUGUAGUUGUCGGUGCACUUAUCCCUGUUGCCCUACGGUUCUAUUUUAAGCGACAGAUCGCAUCCGUCGCGGAUGUUGAACAAGGACCAGUCGUAUUUGAGGAGGAGGAAGAUGAAGUGUUCGCUGCCGGUCCAGCUGGACAACCCAAGGGAGUCAAGACAGCGCAGCUCGUCGACGUCACUGACGCCGAGAGUGUUGCAUCGUCUGAUGAUGACGAGGACAUAAUACUGGAGGCUGGCCCUGCAGUAGUUUUGAAGGCCUCGGAUGAUGGACAUUCCAGGGAGAGUAGUCUGUAAGAUAUCCUGACGUAAUAUUCUGUAGCUGUAGAUUUUAACUUUGUUCUCCUUGUGAUCGUGGGUUCGGCUCUAAAAGCAUAGAUCUAGAGCUCGACUUACGAUUUUUGCAUUGCAAGAAUACAUAUUUGUAUGUAAUAGUGCCCAUACAAUGCGC